GUUCUCAGAAUAUUUUGUCCUGGAGCAAGCCCCCAACUCCGGAUGCCGGCGCCCCGGACGAGCCACGUGCGCCCCGCGCAGCGAGUGCGCGCCCCGCCCCAAGGGAGGAGCGUGCCGGCUCCCAGGUACUUGGCCCCAGCUGCAGCCCGCGGCUGCGACCCGGCGUUCCCUGCUUUUCCUCCUCUCCGGCUGGCUCCUGACCCCGCCUCCGCCCUCCCCUACCCGGGCUCUUCCCGCCGCCUCACCCGGCCCGCCCGUCUGCCUUUCCAGUCUGGCCGGCGGGGGCCGCACGCUGGGCGGCUCAGGCCGUGGGACCGUGGUCACUCCCUUACCAGAAAUUCUUGGCUGGUAAUCGCGAAGCCGACAGGGAGCAAGAGCUGGGAGAACUGGAGAGAACCGCUCUAAUCUGACUUGAUUCUGGCAAGAAGUGGACCCUGCGUCAUAAUAACCAGCAUUUGCAAAGCGGUCUCAGAGGCUCUAGGGUGAUUCGUCUCAGAGAUUCCUCAAGAACUGAGCCCUUUGCAGGACUCAUGCCCCAGCCUGUGCCCCCAUGACCAGGUGGAUAGCACUCCUUGUGCCUGCGACCCAGAACCCUGGCUGACCACAUUGAAGCAGGAUGCUCCAGCAGGUUAAUGGCCAUAGUUCAGGCUCUGAUGCCCAUGGCGGGGAAUCCUUCAGAGAAGAUUUGCAGGAGUUCCUGGGCGGGGAGGCCCCGCUGCACCAGCUGGAUGACCUCACCAAGGUGAAUCCUGUGACGCUGGAGACAGUCCUGAGGUGUCUGCAGGCCCGGUACAUGGCAGACACGUUCUACACCAGCGCUGGCUGCACCCUGGUGGCUCUGAACCCCUUCAAGCCCAUCCCUCAGCUCUAUUCACCAGAGCUGAUGCAAGAGUACCACGCUGCUCCUCAGCCCCAGAAACUGAAGCCCCACAUCUUCACUGUGGGUGAACAGACCUACAGGAAUGUCAAGAGUCUGAUGGAGCCAGUCAACCAGUCUAUUGUCGUCAGUGGAGAGAGUGGUGCCGGGAAGACAUGGACGUCCCGCUGCCUUAUGAAGUUCUACGCUGUGGUGGCCGCGUCACCCACAUCCUGGGAAAAUCACAAGAUUGCAGAGAGGAUCGAACAGCGAAUCUUGAACUCCAACCCUGUCAUGGAAGCUUUCGGGAACGCGUGCACACUGAGGAAUAACAACAGUAGCCGCUUUGGGAAGUUUAUCCAGCUCCAGCUGAACAGCCUGCUUGUGCCCAGGGCCCAGCAGAUGACUGGAGCUGCAGUUCAGACCUACUUGCUAGAGAAGACUCGAGUGGCCUGUCAGGCCUCCAGUGAGAGGAACUUCCACAUCUUCUAUCAGAUCUGCAAAGGAGCCAGUGCGGACGAGAGGCUCCAGUGGCACCUCCCUGAGGGAGCUGCUUUCUCCUGGCUGCCCAACCCAGAGAGGACCUUGGAAGAGGAUUGUUUCGAGGUGACCAGGGAGGCCAUGCUUCAUUUGGGCAUCGAUGCCCCCACCCAGAACAACAUCUUUCAGGCCCUAGCUGGACUGCUGCACCUCGGCAACACCCGGUUUGCUGACUCCGGGAACGAAGCCCAGCCCUGCCCACUGAUGGAUGACGCUAAGUGCUCUGUCAGGACAUCGGCCUCACUGCUGCGGCUCCCAGAAGACCCUCUGCUGGAGGCACUGCGGAUUCGAACCAUCAGGGCAGGCAGGCAGCAGCAGGUGUUCCAGAAGCCCUGCUCCCGGGCCGAGUGUGACACCCGCAGAGACUGUCUGGCCAAACUGGUCUAUGCACGGCUGUUUGACUGGCUGGUAUCGGUGAUCAACAGCAGCAUCUGUGCGGACCCCGGCUCCUGGACCACUUUCAUAGGCCUGCUGGACGUGUACGGGUUUGAGUCGUUCCCCACCAACAGUCUGGAACAGUUGUGCAUCAACUACGCCAACGAGAAGCUGCAGCAGCACUUCGUGGCUCACUACCUCAGGGCCCAGCAGGAGGAGUACACAGCUGAGGGCCUGGAGUGGUCGACUGUCAGCUACCAGGACAACCAGACCUGUUUGGAUCUCAUCGAGGGGAGCCCCGUCAGCAUCUGCUCCCUCAUAAACGAGGAAUGCCGCCUUAAUCGGCCAAGCAGUGCAGCCCAGCUCCAGACACGCAUUGAGAGUGCGCUGGCAGGCAGCCCCUGCCUGGGCCAUGACAAGCUCAGCCGGGAGCCCAGCUUCAUCGUGGUGCAUUAUGCGGGGUCUGUGCGCUACCACACCGCAGGCCUGGUGGAGAAGAACAAGGACCCCAUCCCCCCUGAGCUGACCAGGCUCCUGCAGCAAUCCCAGGACCCCCUGCUCAAAGUGCUGUUUCCUGCUGACCCUGAAGAGAAGUCCCAGGAGGAGCCCUCUGGCCAGAGCAGGGCCCCCGUGUUGACCGUGGUGUCCAAGUUCAAGGCCUCCCUGGAGCAGCUUCUGCAGGUCUUGCAUAGCACCACACCCCACUACAUUCGCUGCAUCAAGCCCAACAGCCAGGGCCAGGCGCAGAUGUUCCACCGGGAGGAGGUCCUGAGCCAGCUGGAGGCCUGUGGCCUCGUGGAGACCAUCCACAUCAGUGCCGCCGGCUUCCCCAUCCGGGUCUCUCACCGGAACUUCCUGAAGCGGUAUGAGUUACUGAGAAGGCUCCAUCCUGGCGCAGCCCCCACACCCCAUGGCCCACCUCCAGAUGAAGGGCGCUCAGAAUGGUCUCCACACUCCGAGCAGGCCACGCUGCAAGCCCUCCUCCAGGACAUCCUCCACACCCUGCCAGCCCUGGCUCAGGCACCAGCUGAGGCCAUGCCGGCCCCAGUGCACUGUGGCAGGACCAAGGUGUUCAUGACUGACUCCACGCUGGAGCUUCUGGAACGUGGGCGUGCCCAGGUGCUGGAGCAGUGUGCCCGCAGCAUCCAGGGUGGCUGGAGGCGACACUGGGGCCGCAAGCAGGAGAGGCAGAGGCGGGCCGCCGUGCUCAUCCAGGCAGCUGUUCGUUCCUGGUUGACUCGGAAGCACAUCCAGAGGCUGCACGCAGCUGCCACGGUCAUCAAACGCGCGUGGCAGGAGUGGAGAAUUAGAAUGGCCUUCCUGGCUUCUAAAGAACUGGAUGGUGUGGAAGAACAACGCUCGUCUCAAGUCACCUGUUCCCCGAGCUCCUCGCCACUGCCCCAGGCACAGACCAGGCUCCUGGGGGCAGUAACCCGCUUCUGGCCCCUGGGACUGGUCCUGGCCAACGCCGCCGUGGGUGCUCGUGGCUUCCGGAGGAAGCUGGUGGUCUUCGCCUGCCUCCCGCUCCCCGUGGGCAGCCCCAGCAGCUACACUGUCCAGACAGCACAAGAACAAGCUGGAGUCACGUCCAUCCGAGCGCUGCCUCAGGGUUCGAUAAAGUUUCACUGCAGGAAGUCUCCACUGCGCUAUGCUGACAUCUGCCCUGAACCUUCGCCCAACAGUGUUACUGGCUUUAAUCAGAUCCUGCUGGAAAGACACAGGCUGGGCCACGUGUGAUCUCUCCUCACAUUCCAUCCUCACCUGGCUGGGCCCUCCCUGGUGCCUUUGUUUCUCCACGGCCUUUUCCUGCCAGCUGCCUUGCCAAAGACAUCUAAUCAACACACAGCUGCCAAACAACUCCCACAGCGACUCGGAGCACACGUCGGGAGCCGCGGCUCCAGCCUGCAGGCCAGGCCGGGGCGGCAGCUGCACCAGCGGCCGUGGCGCCGAUCUACGCCUCCAGCCCUGCCAGGUGUCAGGACUGGUAGCUACCAAACCUGGAU